AUGACUACGACGGAGCAACAGCCCGCGCUCGCGACGACGAAGCGCAAGUUUAACCGCCUGCUCGACAAUCUUACCGCCAGCGCGAGCGCAUCCACAACAUCGCUUGCGAGCUCGCUGCAUGAGUCGAAUGCAUCAUCAGAAUCGCUUUCGCAACACGGCAGCCCUGACCAGCCGAACAAGCGCCCUCGCAGCAGCGCAGGACUCAGCCCAAACGUGAGCAUGGAGCGCCAGAGGAACAUUUCAGAGGGCCAAGAGCGCAUACGCCUGCUGAAAGAACAGCUCCUCACCCCACGACGGGAAGGCACAGUGAGGGUCGUAGGCAAGACUGCCAACACCCCCAAAGUCUCGACAACACCCAAAGCCCAGACGCCGCGUAAAGCCCCAAACUUCCAACCUUACAGCCAGGAGCAUUUCCUCGAGAGGCUCAAGACAUUCGCAGACGUAAGGAAGUGGACCACCAAACCUGAUGCUAUCAGCGAGGUUGAGUGGGCCAUGAGAGGAUGGAGCUGCGAUAUCUGGAACACGGUGGCUUGCAAGGACGGAUGUGAGAACCGUGUUGCAGUCAAGCUGAGGCCAAAGCGAAAGGAUAAGAACGGCAGAGACCUUGAGAUGAGCGAGGAUCUGGCAUUCGAUAUUGAUGAAGCGUUGGUGGCAAAGUACAAAGAACUCAUCGUCGAGGGACAUGCAGAUGAUUGUCUGUGGAAGAAACGAGGCUGUCAAGAAGACAUCUACCACAUCGCUAUCGCAUCACGAACGAAGAGCAUGGCCGAGUUGCUCGAUCGAUACCGCUGUCUUAGAGCCAUAGCAGCCGAUCUUCCUCUCCUCGAGCACAUCACAUACCCCGAUCCAUCUAUCCACCACAUCAUCUCGCGCCUACCAUCGUCGUUCUUCACCUCCACGCCCGAUACCCCACAACCCAGAUCACCUACUGACAUUGUCGCCUUUGCCUUUGCCAUCUUCGGCUGGACCGGCGUCAAAGAAUCCCGCAUCUCCCUCGCCGUAUGCAACCACUGCUUCCAGCGUCUCGGUCUAUGGCUCUCCACCGACACGCGCCUCAAAGAAAUGAGCAAGAAGCUCGACGUGCCCCUUGAAUCCCUCCGCCUCAACCUCCUAGAAUCCCACCGCGAACACUGCCCCUGGAAAAACGUCCAGAUGCAAGGAAACCCCCCCGACGGACCCGUUGCAAACAUGGCCGCCUGGCAAACCCUCGAAUACAUGCUCCUCGGCAGCAGUCACAGGCAAAAAGACGUCUUUUCCACCCCUAGCAAGCAAACACCGCGUAAAUCCCACACCAGAAACACGGAUUCCGUCGACAUUGGCAGCGAUAUCGAAUACCCACGCGGCAGUCUAGACAGCGUCGACAGACCCAGAGGCUACAACGACGAAGAAGAUGACUCCGGCGGCCUCCGCGAGAAAUGGACUAAGCUCAAGGCCAAACUCAAGCGUAGUGCCAGUAAAAAGAGUCUGAAGAGCAUGAAGAGCUCAAAGAGUGUCAAGAGCGGGAAGAGCGUGGCGACAAAGCCCGGUGACAAGGAGAAGGAAAAUUCAUAG